AUGAGUGUUAAACAAGGUAGUCGGAAGCUUUGGGUGUCUGGAAACCUUAAGCCGUUUCGAAGCAUAAGAAAAUGGCACUCGAGUGUCAAGGCAUUGCAAGAUAUCAACCAUGGUUCUUACAAUACACCAAGCGAUGUAUAUAGAGGUAUAAAUUCUACAAAAUUUUCCUCCUCUCUAACGGAUAGCUUUCAUCGGCGUCAUGAUUAUCUUCGAAUAUCCCUGACAGAAAAAUGCAAUUUGCGAUGUCUUUACUGUAUGCCAGAGGAAGGGGUGCCUCAAUCCUUACCCUCGAAGCUAUUAACUACCCCCGAGAUAUACAUCCUUUCUUCUAUUUUUAUUUCUCAAGGCAUUAGAAAGCUUCGUUUAACUGGCGGAGAGCCGACUGUGCGAAAAGAUAUAAUCCCGCUCAUGCACCAGAUCGGUACCCUCAGGUCUCAGGGCCUACAGGAGCUUUGCAUCACCACAAAUGGUAUAUCAUUGCACAGAAAGUUAGAUGAAAUGAAACUGGCAGGUCUAACUGGGAUUAAUAUUAGUUUGGAUACACUUGACCCAUGGAAAUUUCAGAUUAUAACAAGGCGAAAAGGCCUCCAGGCCGUAUUGAAAAGCAUAGAAAAGAUCACGGAAAUGAAUAGGCUCGGCGCUUGCUUUAAGCUCAAGGUCAAUUGUGUAGUUAUGCGCGGCGUGAACGACAUGGAGAUUGCUUCCUUUGUGGAAUUAACACGCGACCAAGACUUGGAAGUUCGGUUCAUCGAGUAUAUGCCUUUCGAUGGUAACAAAUGGAAUUAUGAAAAGAUGCUCAGCUACGCAGAGAUGAAAGAGAAGAUUCGGCUAAAAUAUCCAGGUAUGAUGAAGAUACGAGAUCAAGAUAAUGAUACUAGCAAGACCUAUAAAAUUUCUGGUUUUGUUGGAAAAUUUGGAUUUAUCACUAGUAUGACGCACAAUUUUUGUGGAACAUGCAAUAGAUUACGAAUUACUAGCGAUGGUAAUCUAAAGGUUUGCCUCUUUGAAAAUACUGAGGUUUCACUUCGGGACAUUAUUCGUAGGGCGAAUAACGGCAUGCCUAUUAAUGAGACUGUUCUUGGGGUAAUGAAGCAAAGAAUAGUCAACAAACCGCGAGGGUUAAGCUUAUCCAAGCAACUACUAGGUGAAACAAACGCCGAAGAACUAUGGAAGACAAUAAAAGUAGCUGUCUACAACAAGAAAGAGAAACACGCUGGGGUUAAAAAUCUGAAGAGCAUGCAAAAUCGACCCAUGAUACUUAUAGAAAGAAGAAAGGCCCCUAGCACUGUAGGUCUCAUACAGGUUUCAGCAGCACUAUUGCCGAAGCUUAUGAAAGAGUCCCUACCUCACAACCAAUCGCAAAAUAAAAAACUCUUCUUUUCUACGAUCUCAGAAUCAAGACAAAUUGAAUUAACACAUGUCACACCAUCCGGCUCUGGGCAAAUGGUUUCAAUUUCUGAAAAGUUGGUCACUAGACGGAUAGCCACAGCAAUUUGUACUCUCUUUUUUUCCAACGACACAGCUAUCCCCCUAAUUCGAUCGAAUCAGAUGAAGAAGGGUGAUGUGAUAUCUAUUGCAAGAAUCGCUGGAAUACUUGCAGCUAAGAAAACAAGCGAUUUGAUUCCGCUUUGUCAUCCCAUCGCUAUCACGUCCGUCGUGAUUGAUCUAGAGAUCAUAGGCAUUAAUAAUCACAAACAGGACCACUUUUAUGUCUCAAAGCUAUCAAAACCCGAAAUCGGAGAAAAGAGUCCCCUGGCCGCAAGCUUCUUGCCUGGUAAGUUUGGAGGAAUAGAAAUUUCGGUUACAGUCGAGUCAGAUGGUAAAACGGGCGUCGAAAUGGAAGCUCUCACUGCUGCUAGCCUAUCAGCUCUUACAGUGUAUGACAUGUGUAAAUCUGUCGAUAGAGGUAUGCGUGUUGAUGGUUUACGAGUUGUGAAAAAAGAAGGAGGGAAAAGCGGAAAGUGGGUUGAAGGUGAUAUCAAAGAGCGAUGUGAUCCAUAA